UUUGUUUUCAGAUUCAAAAACAGAAAUAGACGGUGAGCUGUCAAAAUGGAGCUUGACAAGUUGGAGCAAUCUGUAAAGAGUCUAAAUGCGGUGCUCAACAAGUUUCCGAUCGGCGCGAUUACGUUGGACGAUUUUAAACCCGUUGAGGAGAAGAUCCAGACGACCAGGAGGUCUCUAAUGCAUUUAAAUGCCAGGUUAUUAAUGCUCCAAGCAAAGUAUAAACAGUACACAGACCCUGGACGAAGGCGAAAAGAAGAAGACAUCGGGAAUGUACUGCAGAGUGUUAUAAGUAACACACUUAUAAAUGAUAAGGCUAUCAAAUUAUGUCUUCAUAGUACCACUAUUCUUUCAUUGCUCAGUAAUAAAGAAGGUGAUGUCAAAGAUCAAAAAAAACUUUGUACCUGUUUGAAAAAAGUAUUCACUGUCAAUCAGAGUAUUAUGUCCAUUCAAGAAACUAUUAAGAAAGAGUCUCAAGUACAAUUAAAUCUAAAAAUAGAAUGUCAAAAGGCGUUGUUUGAUUAUAAGAGUUUUUUGAAAGAACAGGAGCAGAUACGAAGUGAGAGAUUACAGAAAAUGUAUCCUGAAAUUUUAGAAAAUAAAAACAGAAUGGAAAGAACUUUACGGAAGAUAAAUAUAAUGAAGAAACUUAUUCGAAAUUUUAUAGCAGCAAGCAGUCAUAUCGUAAUAAAACGGCCAAUAUUAUUAAAGAUGAUGGAGAAGCAUAGAGAACUAAUAAAUAUCGAAACAAUACUCAAAAUGUCCCAAAAUGAAGAUGCAGCUGUAUAAUAGAGAGAAAUAUAGAGAAUAAAAGAAAUCUCAAAGAGAAAA